UCUCCAGAAACCCUUGAUGAUGCCAUCGAGACCGCGAGCCGCUAUGACACUGCCAUGUUUGCUACCAACCAGCAGCCAGCAUCAGAAGAAACAAGUGAAAUGCUACAAUUGCGGAAAGAUGGGCCACUACGCCCGAGAUUGUCGAUCAAAGAAAACUGA